GAUUGUGCGGAUUGGAUCGGUUUUAUGACGAGUCUGAUUUGUACUCGAGCCGACACGUCUCGAGCAAAGAUUCCAUUUUUUUUUUUCCCUCUGUUUCUCUAUGGCAUGAGAUCCACACACAAACCUCGCUUGAGGAACAUGCAUCAUGGAUUAGCUUCGCCUCCGAAACCUCAAGCCUGUCUCUCCUGGCACUUCGCUUCCACCGCAGCUUUUCCUUGCUCUUCCCCUCUCCAUCUUCAAACCCAACCGGAUCGAUACAUUUGUUACAGACACAGCCAUGGACGUGCCUUUGGCCCUCUCGUGUCCGCUCGACAGUCGCUUGUUUGGCCGGGCGAGGGGAAUCGGAAGAAGGGUCGGCGGGCGAAUACGCGUACCUUCUUGAGAGCGAGCCGAAGAGAAUCUCCGUACGAAGUUCUGGGAGUGUCUCCCUCUGCGACUCCCGAUGAAAUCAAGAGGGCUUAUCGGAAGCUCGCUCUGAAGUAUCACCCUGAUGUCAACAAAGAGGCAAAUGCACAGGAGAAGUUCAUGAGGAUUAAACAUGCAUACAAUGCUCUCCUUAAUUCUCGUGCUUCGGAUUCCAAGAAGAGAUACAACACUGGAAAUCGUGCAUCUGGGUUUUCAUACUCCACUGAGGAUAGGAGCACCCUAGAUGAAGACUUCUAUGGACUUGGUAACCUUUUCAGGGAUGUUCAGAUAACGAUAGAGGAUUUCUUCAGAGAUCUACAAGAAGAAUUUCGUAGCUGGGAUGCAAGUGCAUCUUCACAAGGAAUGCCGAAGAGUUUGUGGGAGGAAUUGGCGGAAAUUGGUGAAGAAUUUGUGGAGUUUCUAGAGAAGGAGCUAAACAUAGCUGAUUCAGAGGUGGAAGCUUAUCAGUCUGAUGACGGGUCACAAAAAAAUUCCGGAACUGAAGGUACGCAAAAUGAUAGUGAAAAUGAAGCUAGCAAGGGAAGCAGCAUCGAGGAAAAUAUUGAUGAGAUAGAGGCUACUCUUGCUCGGUUGAAAAAGGAAUUAGGCCUGUAAUUGAUUCGUGAUGAUUUUGUGCUGCAUAUUUAUUCCAAUGCUCAUGUUGUGUUUGUAUAGAUAUGAUAUGUUGUGGUGCCUGUUGUAGCUACAGUAAUCUUUGAAAUUGGCAAAGGCCAGUGAUGAAGGCAAAGAGGGGAGUUGGAGAUUAAGAGCAAGUCCUCCAAGAUCAUUGAAUAAUAAGUACAACUCUGGAGUAAUUUCGGCGCUCAAAUUUCAUUUUAACCAACUAAUGAGAAGCUGUUUCUUUUUUGUUUGCA